AUGAAGAUAAAUUCUGCCAGUUAAUAAAAGUUAACUAUGAAUAGACCUUAAACAACUCCUUAAAAGGCAGGAUAGUCACCUAUAAAGAAGAAUAAGUAUGAAAAAUAAUUGAAAUAAAAGGUAUUUGGUUUAAUCAGGUGUUUCAUCGCUAGCUAAAACUGAUAAUAAAGUGUCAAAAUCAACAGCAUUAUCUCAUGAUUUAAUUUCUUUAAUAAAAAAUGGUGGAAAUGCUCAUCAAAAUAACUAAUAAUUGGAUAGAAAAUAAAAUUCUAGGAGUAAAUGUAUUUUGGACAUAAAUGAUGCAAAUUAAAAAAAAAAUAGACCAAAUUCAAGACAAUAAAUCUAAAAUUUAGUAAAAAGUAAGAAACCUGAUAGCAAUUUAAAAUAUCAUGAGGAACUGAUUUAAAAGCAAUUUCAGAAAUUGUUAGAUCUACAAAAGCAACAUUAAUAAACUCAUAAAUCACCACCUUAAAUACAUAGUAGAGCAAUGAGUAAUGGUGAUUUAAAGCCAACAAGUGAUAUUGCAAAUAAGUUAAUAGAAUAUAUAAAGAAAUAAUCAGCUAAGAAAAUUAAAGGUUAUAGAUCAAUAUCUAAUCCGGAUAUAAUUGUGACUGAUAGAAGAUUAAUAUCAAAAUAUGCAGUUAAGUAAAUAGUUUAUAUAAAAUAAUAGAACUUAAGCAGGAAUGUUACAUACAAAGUAAGAGAAAGUAAAUUAGGAUUCUUAUGCAAUUCAUGAAGGAAUAGGAAAUAUAGAUAAUUCAUAUUUACUUUAAGUUUCAGAUGGACAUGGAGUUAAUGGUCAUGAAGUUGCUUAAUUUGUUUAGGAAAGAUUACCUAUAAUAAUAGAUUAGUUAUUAAAAUCUCAUAAAAUAGGAAAGAAUGAUUAAGAUAUGAUGAUAUAAGUGAUUUUAAGAUAAGCAUUUGAAAGAACAACAAAAGAAUUAUAUUCUUCAGGAAUUGAUAUAACAUUUAGUGGAGCUACAACAGUAUGUUUAUUGAUUAUUGAACAUGUUGGUUGGUGUGCAAAUAUUGGAGAUUCAAGAGCUAUUUUAGGAAGAUAAAAGGAUGGAUUACAUGUUGUUGAAUUAUCUCAUGAUUAAAAACCAGAUUUACCAAAAGAAGAAAAAAGAAUAAUAUAAAGUGGAGGAAGAGUGUAAGCAUAUUCAGAUGAAGAAGGAAAUCCUAUUGGUCCUGCUAGAGUUUGGUUAAUAGAUGAAAAUAUUCCAGGAUUAGCAAUGUCUCGAAGUUUUGGUGAUUAUGUAGCUGCUUAAGUAGGUGUAAUCUCUAUUCCAGAAAUUAUUAAACACACAUUUUAAAAUGACAAAUUCUUAAUCAUGGCAUCAGAUGGAAUUUGGGAGUAUUAAUUCAUUUUUAUUUAAGAUUUCUCGAUAAUAAAUGGAUUGUUGAAGUUGUUUAUGGAUAUUAUUUGAAAAAUGAUGCUGAAGGAGCAGUUGAAAGAUUAGUAAAAGAAGCCACUGAAGCAUGGUAAAAAGAAGAUGAAGUUAUAGAUGAUAUUACUUGCAUUGUUGCAUUUUUGAAUUGA